UCAGUCAAUUGUUUCAAAAUGUUCCAUAAAUUAUUCAUAAUCUUGUAUUUGUCGCUGUUAAACCAAAGUGUCCUUGGAAAAACCUUCAAGUGCACGGAAAAGGAAGAAGGAAUUUGUCUCUUCAGUCAUGUCUUCUUAGGAGGACCUGACAACACCUUUUACGCCAACACAGAUCCCGAAGUUGUUGAAACUAUAAUUUUCCAGGAGAGUGACUUGCAAAUUUUACCAAACUCGAUUUUCAAAGCGUUUCCAUAUGUGGAGACUUUUGUCGCUAUCAAUGCUUCAAUUAACGCUUUUAACUAUCACGCGUUUGAGCAUGCGACUGAAAUGAAGACCUUGAAUGUGAGUCACAACGAGAUUCAAUCUUUGGUGAAAAGUAGCUUUGAUGGGGCACGAAAGCUGGAGGUGAUUAAUAUCAGUAACAAUGAAAUUCGUUCGAUAGAUCAGGAUACUUUUGCGAGUCUGAAGUUCCUGAAAUGUUUGGAUUUAUCCUCGAAUCUACUACAAUCUCUUCCUAAGAAAGUUUUUUGUCACAAUUCGCAUUUGAUGCAUCUUGAGUUGGGUCAUAAUCGAUUCCAUAGCAUUGAACCUAGCAUCUUCUUUGACAACCCGAAUUUGCAUUAUCUCUUUCUGGAAGGAAAUCGCAUCAAAGACUUGUCUCUGAUAUUUUCCGUUAAUUCUUUGUAUCAAAUUGAAACUCAAGCAAAUGGGAUGAAACAUUUAGCUCUAUCUGCAAUGGAAUUUUCCUAUCCAAUGCUCAAGCUGAAUAUCAUAGCUUCCAAUAACGAACUUGAAGGAGUUGCUAUAAACAAUUUCCACGUCCAAGAAGUAUCUUUAUUCAACAAUUCCGUGAAAAAUAUCAACUUUUUGUGUGAUGAUGCCUUUUUAACUUUGGAACGUCUUGACUUGGAACAAAAUGAGGUGAAAUACAUCAACUACGACUGUCUCAAUCGGAUGACUGGGCUAACUGAAUUGAAUCUCAGUGAGAAUCAAAUUACGGAUUUUGAGCCAAAACGUUUGAACUUGCUGAGAAAUUUGCAGAUUUUCUACACUUUUGGUAACAAGUUGCCGCAAAUGAAGGCGAAAGAAGUUGUAAAUGCCUUUCCAGACAUCAAGGUCAUCGAUAUCAGUAGCGAAAAACUUCAUAACAAGCCAAUUAUUGUCCAUACCGAGUACCGUAACGAGCCGUUGAUGAAAAAGACAGCAGCAGCAAUGAACGUGGCUUCGACGAAAGCAGCAACAAAAAUACUUGUUAGUAUUUUUAUUUUGCUGAAGAUGUUUUAUUAACAAUAUUUUCGUAUAUAAAUAUUUUUUUAGAUGAAGGUUAAUUUGCA